GUUAAUGGUCAAUUUAAAAUUUUAGACAAAAAUAUAUUAUUGUAUGUUUUAAGAACAAAAUUUUAUAUCUAAUGUUUGGACUAAUAUUUUAUAGUGAACAAUCUAACAUGAAGAUUCUACAAUAAUUCAAUACUUUUAAUACUGUGAGCAUUUUUAAAUGUUUGAGAGGUUUCAAGUGACGGAUGUUACUAGUUUGUCUAGUUUGUAUUUGAUUUAAAUGUUGUUCAUACUUCAAGUUAAUUGGAAGACCAUUAAAAACUUAAAUUGGAGUAAUCUUUGUUUUAUUUAACCCUUUUAGGACGAGCGGACUAUUAAUAGUCCGCACUAGUUUUGCCGAAGAAGACGAUGCGGGCUUUCAAUAGUCCGCACUAGUUUUACCGAAGAAGACGAGCGGACUUUUAUGUGCCCGCCGGUUUACGUUUGCAUAAUACUCACGUAAUAUCGAAAAUACGAUGAACAAAAUUAGUUUUCCUUGUAGAGGCACAUCCUGAGACAGGAAAUGGAGUAUUUCGGAACUUAUCUUGGCCAAACAAUACAACAUAUGUCUAUUUUUAGAACAGCUGCACGUGAGCGCCUAUUGUAGUGCCAGUCGGCGGAGCGCGCCAAUUCCGUCUAGUUUGUUUACAUUCAGUCAGUCACAGUGCGGUCGCGUUGACUAUAGUUGAUUGUUUCAGAUCAGUUAUAAACUUAGUGUUUAUAGAUUUAUAGUGAAAUGUGUUUUGACAUUGAAACGAGCCUCCUAUAUUUGUUCAAUUUGCAAGGAAGGGUGUCACCCGAUUUGCUUUCCAAAACAUACAUGUGCUAACUAAUUAGACCAUUGUUGUAUAUAGUGUAUAUAUUUUUGUGAGUGUUUUAUAGUGUUUCUUAGCAAUACUACAUAUUUCAAUACCUGUGGAUAAAUUUGACCUGUUAACCACAUUAUAUGCAAUCAAGUUAUCGGUAACCAAUAUUGACUGAUGGAAGAGGAAGUACCUGCCUGUUUGUCCAGACACCUGGCCUAGCCUAGACUCGCCUAUUCUUGCUUCUCACUUGCCAUGGGGUCUUCUCUUGAACAAUCUCUGGUUCUUGCUCUCUUCUCUACUCUGGUCUGCAUCUGCAACUGUGUGCCCAAUACUACAGGGCUAGUGGAGGAAGCAGCAAGCAAGCUCAAUGUCUCAAGACGACUAACAGAUCUAGGACCGUUCCGGACUCAGCGGAUAGUGAACCAGGCUCAUAGUUCUGCUACUGCCAAUGUCAAUUCACAAACUAGCUUGUACGUUCAGCUAGGACAACCCGUAUCCCUCUACUUCGAUGUCACCAACAACAACAACUGGAACUCCUACUUCUACUUUUACUGCAACACUCAGACAAGCAUUGUGCAGUCCAUUCAACCAAUAGAGAGAUGGAUUGCAGGUCUGGAUACUGUAACAGUGGCAGUGAAACUUGUUGUUACAAACUCUGUAGCAGUUGGAAACUCAGGAACUGCAACAGAAACUAUUACGUUUGUUGCAGCCACCCCUUCCGCUUCAGGAGAUGACGCUAUAUAUGUCAAAGCCUUCCUGUAUGUUGGUCAACAGCCGAGUGACUCCAGCAGUCCAGACCUCAGCUACAGUAUCACUGGAGACUGCAGGAAUGCCAACACUCCUUCCACAUGCAGUUCUACAGGCUGGAGCCUCCAGGCAAACAUUCAAGACAGACAAUCUGGGCUGCUCUCUGUGAUAACUGUUCCAGCAGGAUUUAUGUUCACAUCGGACUUCACGUCUGGCACUAAAGACCAAGUGAGUGGGCGGUACAGUGCCUCGUGCUGCCUUAACCUAGUGGAUCUCAUUGCUACAGACCUUAACGGCAAUCAGUACAAGACCUCCAUUGAUAUUAACUAUGUCUGGUUAUCCACAGGAGCAAUUACAGCAAUAGUCUUGGGUUGCAUCCUGUUAUUGGUACUACUCAUCCUCAUUUGUUGUGCCAUCAUAUUCUGUAUUCGCAGACAACGCAGGACUAGCACGUUCACUAUGCACUCAUGACAGUGUCCUAGUGAUGACUGUAGUGUUUGCGGAACAAAUUUAUAGUUUGGUUAACUUGAAAUGUUUUUAAAAUGAUAAAAUAAUAUUUCACUCCACUGUAAAUACUUGAACUUGAAGAAAAAUGUGUUGUACUUUAUAUUUAUGUUAUUACAUGUAAUAAUAAGCAAUAAACACAUUACAAAGA